AUGCGAGGUCGUUUGAUUUCUACUAAUCCUGCUGAAAGGGAGCGAUACUACCUUCGCCUACUUUUAUUGCAUAUUAGUGGCCCUACGUGUUUUGAAGAUCUCUAUACGGUGAACAACGUAAAACACCCAACAUUUCGAAAAGCAACUCUUGAAAGAGGGUUAAUAGAGUCUGAUGAUGGUUUAUCACAAUGUCUUACAGAGGCUUCUUUCUUUCAAUUUCCUAGUGCUCUUAGAAGGUUGUUUGCAACGAUAUUGAGUUUUUGUGCGCCAGGGGAUGUUCGUAGGUUAUGGGAUGACCACUACAAUGCUCUUUCAGAAGAUUAUAGGCAACAAUAUGGAAGUGUUGAAUGA